AUGUCGGUGCAGGUCUCGGCAGACGUAUCCGGAGUAACGUGCGUGGUAAGGAAGUGGGAACAAGGGGUGGCAGUGUCGGGGGUCUGGGGGAGCAUGGGCUUGAAUGGGGAUUGCCUCAGAAAGAGCAAGACGGCGGAUGUUUUUCUCUUGGUGUGACCGGUGGCAAUAUCGAUCAGCAAUGUCGCACAGACUUUUGCGCGCCGAAAUAUGCGUGCGACAGCUUUAACCUAACCACGUCGGUGGAAAGCGGAUUUCUGUUCAAUACGGUGUCAGGGGUACCAGGGAAGACGGGGCCGAGUUUUGUUUGAUUUCGGGUGGAUGAGGUUGGGGUUUUGUUCGUUUUUCUCCAUCUAAGGUUCGUGCCUAGAGUUCAGCUGUAGUGUUUCGACAAAAGUUUUGUUGACUUAGAGGCAAACAUUCCUAGCUAUUGGGCAUCGAGUUAAUUUGGCUUGGAAUGACGGCCUUUACGAUCGACUUUUUAUGUAUGUCUGGAUUUAUCUGCACUUGUCGGAGGGCAAACAAAAAAAUAA